GGCCAGUGGAGGGAUUGGCAGAGAGGGGUGGAGGACACUGAGUGGAGGCCAGUGGAGGGAUUGGCAGAGGGGGUGGAGGCCAGUGGAAGGAUUGGCAGAGGGGGGUGGAGGACACUGAAUGGAGGCCAGUGGAGGGAUUGGCAGAGGGGGGUGGAGGACACUGAAUGGAGGCCAGUGGAGGGAUUGGCAGAGGGGGGUGGAGGACACUGAGUGGAGGCCAGUGGAGGGAUUGGCAGAGAGGGGUGGCGGAGACGGAGCGGUUGGUGAGGUGGAUGAGUCUGGCAGCCGUAUUCAGGAUGGACUGAAGCGGGGAUAGCCUGUGGUGAGGCAGGCCAGUGAGGAGGGAGUUGCAGUAGUCGAGUCGUGAUAUGAUGAGGGAGUGGAUGAGCUGUUUAGUGGUUUCUGGGGUUAGGAACGUGCGGAUUUUGGCGAUGUUGCGGAGGUGGAGUCUGCACGAGUUUGUUAAAGAUUGGACUUGGGGCUGGAAGGAUAGGUUGGAGUCCA